UUACUGCACAAGUAGAACAACUUUGAACGAAAUAUCUUUUCACCCGAGCGUCGUCAUUUAUUAUCGUUCCAUGUGACGAGAUUUUUCUAUGUUCAUUGUUGUGUUGCGUACAUCACAUAACCGAGUCACGUGUACAUACGUGAGAACAAAAAUGAAAAACUGGUAGCAAUGGGUACGUUGGAACUAAAGCAAAGUCUAACCGGGCACAGAGGCAGGGUUUGGAGCGUCUGUUGGCAUCCUAAGGGUGCGAAUCUGGCAUCUUGCGGCGAGGACAAGACGAUCAUAAUAUGGGGACUGGAGGGAUUCAAGUGGGUCACAAAAAUGAUCCUUACCGAAGGACAUUCCAGAACGAUUCGAGAAUUGGCCUGGUCUCCCUGUGGUAAUUAUAUCGCGUCCGCGAGUUUCGACGCCACUACCGCGGUAUGGGACAAGAAGUCGGGACAGUUUGAAUGCAAUACGACGUUAGAGGGGCACGAGAAUGAGGUGAAGAGUGUCAGCUGGUCGAUCUCUGGCCAGUUACUUGCCACGUGUAGCCGGGACAAGUCCGUGUGGGUGUGGGAAGUGAACGACGACGAGUACGAAUGUGCCGCAGUCAUUAAUGCUCAUACUCAAGAUGUAAAGAAGGUGAGAUGGCAUCCACAUGACGAGAUCCUGGCCUCCGCCAGUUACGACAACACGGUGAAGAUAUUUAAGGAAGACGCAGCCGACAGCGACUGGUCGUGCAUUGCAACCCUAUCAUCUCACACAUCCACGGUGUGGAGUCUUUCAUGGGAUAAGAUUGGCAAUCGAAUAGCGACCUGCAGCGACGACAAGACGGUCAAGAUAUGGCGGGAAUACAAACCCGAAAACGACGUGGGCGUCGUUACGCCAAACAAUGAGUCCGUCUGGAAGUGUAUCUGCACACUGUCAGGAUACCAUACAAGAACUAUUUAUGAUAUUGAUUGGUGCAAGACCACAGGUUUACUAGUAACCGCAUGUGGCGACGAUAUCAUUAGGAUAUUUAAAGAGGAUAGUGACUGCGAUCCGCAUCAACCGAAUUUCACGAUGGUCUGCUCGAUAGACAAUGCACACGCUCAAGAUGUUAACUGUGUUCAAUGGAAUCCCGCGAUUCCUGGUCAACUCGCGUCCGCGAGUGACGAUGGUUCAGUAAAGAUAUGGUUUUAUAACGAAUAAAAUGUAUAUCUGUAAUAUGUUGUAUGUUAUUCUAUUUUAUAUUAUUUGCGCCUUUUUCCUACUUAUAAUCAGUGACCUACAAUUGAUGCUGUUAAUAGAAAUAGAUAAUGUUGUUACAUAUAAAAUAAAAUUGUUAUUUUCUUACAAUA